GUUAAUUUGCAUCAAUCACUGUGAGUUGAAUUAAUUAAUACACAUAAUUAAAAUGGAGAAAAAUAGCUAUCUUCUCAUAGUCUUCCUCCUCCUCCUCUCCAUCACAAUUCCACCGGCGGCGGCGGCGGAGAAGCCAUGCGCCAUAUACGCCUUCGGCGACACCGUCUUCGACGCCGGCAACAACAACAAGCUCGCCACCGUCUGCCGUGCCAACCACAAGCCCUACGGCGUGGACUUCCCCGGCGGCAGCGCGACGGGCAGGUUCAGCAACGGGAAGCUGCCGGGAGACAUCCUGGCCGCCGAGCUGGGCAUCAAGGACCUGCUGCCGGCGUACGCGGAGGCGGCGGAGGAGGCGGACGAGCUGCUGACGGGCGCCACCUUCGCGUCGUCAUGCUCGGGCUUCGACGACCUCACGGCGAGGGAGGUGGGCGUGCUCAGCUUGGAUAAGCAGUUCAAGAACUUCCAGAAGGCGUUCGUGAGAGUGGAGGAGAAGUUCGGGAUCGAAAAGACGACGGCGGCGGUGAAGGGCGGCUUGUUCUUGGUCUCCGGCGGAUCCAGCGACAUGAUGGAUAAUUACUACGCGCUGCCGCUCACGAGGGCUAAGUAUUCUCUACCGGCUUACCAUGAUAAGUUGCUCAAAAAUCUUGAAGAUUUUGUCAAGAAAUUGUACAAUGUGGGUGCGAGGAGAUUAGCAGUGAUUGGGCUUCCGCCGGUGGGGUGUCUCCCCAUGGAUGUCGCCGCCAACUGCCCGCCGUCGCAGAAUGCCACUGCAAAUGCAAGCGGCGACGACUCUGUUAAGCGCAAGUGCAGAAGCCAACACAAUUUAGACGCCCAAGAAUACAACGCCAAGCUUGAAGUCCGAGUGAAGAAGAUGAUGGUGGACAUGCCAAAUAUCAAAAUUGUUUACAUGAACAUCUACAAUCCUAUCAUGGAUAUGAUCAACAUGCCCAACGAAUUUGGAUUCAAGACUACACUGAAGGGAUGUUGUGGAAGUUUAUCAGUUGAGUUGGGACCUCUGUGUAAUGUAUUUUCCGCCACGUGUCCUAAGAGAUCGGAGUAUGUAUUCUGGGAUUCAGCUAAUCCAACAGAAGCUACUUAUAAGGAUCUUACAAAGAUUUUCCAACAAAAAGUGCUUCCUCAUCUACUCCAAUAAUUGUUUUUCAUUCCAUUUAGGAAUCCUAAUCCUAGCUACCUAGAUU